GAAGCAGAAGAACUUUCUUUCCGUUUCACAAUGACGGUGUUUUCACAAACCUGAGUUCAACGGUGGUCCACUGGCUGGUGAGGUUUUUGGUAAAGUCAAGAUUCAAGAAUUCAAGAUUCAAGAAUUUUUAUCGGCCAUGUUUGAGCGUGCCAAACAAGGAAUUGACUUCGGUACAUCUCGACCUCUGUUCAACGUUUAGAAACAAGAAAACAAACAAGAACUUUGACGAGUCAACUCAUUUUCUAUGGGUCUGGAAAAGAGAAAAAAAUGUCGGUCACAGACAUACGACGCGAUUGAAAGAGAGAAUAAAAAUGUUUUCACGAGUGCGACCGAGACUCAUCCAGCGAGGUGCUUGAUUGCUGCGAUAUCAGGAACUCGAACGAGGGUGGCAGGGUCGCACUGACUGUAUGUGUUGUGUUCUGCCUUUGCCCGUUACUUCAUCCUGAUUCUAUCACCAUGCUGUGGCUCAUGUAGCAGUUAUUUUCACAGGAAAUGAAUGCAGGAAAGUCAAAAAGAAAAAAAAAAAGCUUCCAUUCCUUUUAUAUUCUGCUUCAAGACCGCACAGAAUUUCCGAGCGUAACCAAAGAAAAGGGAUCAAUUAGUCCAAAUCCAAAAGCUUAAUAAAACCAAUAAAAACAUUUGCAAGGUCUUAAAUGAAAAUACCGGCGGUCCAGUUUUUUAUAUUUAGAAAUGUUUUCUUGGUACACUAACAUAUUUGUUCCUAGAAACAGCACAAAGAAACGUCACCAUGAUAAAUACUACAUUUUCUCAAACCUUGAAGCCCAAAAUGGAUCUUAGAAAAAAAUGCGGCGUGCACUGCAGACAGCCACGAUGCAACCGCUUAAUGACCAAUCUGCCGGCGUUCUAAUGAGUCCCGCAUUGGACGGGUGUUUCUUGCUCUCCCAAGAUGCCUCAGGUGGAGUUUAGUCUUGCGUGCAACGACCUGGUGACUUCAGGUCGAGACGGGACGCCCAACGCGGUAGUCCACGUGUCUGUGGCGGACCCUCAUAAGGAUCGCCUGGUCUCCCACGCCUGCACCGAAGUAGUUGAGGCAAACAAGGACCCGUGCUUUUUAACCGGGGUGACCUUCCCCUCGGACUGUCCCGCCACCCCAGAAACGUUCGUCAAGCUGACAGUGUAUGAUGUAAAAGACAAGUGCCAGGAAGCCGGCCGUUUCCUUGGCGGUGCCACGUUUUCGGUGGCCGAUCUGCUUCGGGCCAAAGAUGAACGGCUGUCCUUGAGUCUCAGGUCGUCAGAUGGUGGCUACGCAGCCGGAACAGUGGUGGUGAGUCGACUGAAGAUGGGUGAGAUGGAAGAAGCGGAGCACAUCACCACUGACGCGCCAUCACAGAAGUGUCCCUUAGUGUGCGAGUCUGCGUCUCAUAGCUGCGUCGAGAGAGACCACCUCUUGACGGGACCAGUGUUCACCAACCCGGUAUGCAAAGUGUACAGGUUCCAGACGGCGGACAGCAAGUGGAUGCUGGUGCGCGAGCAAAUGGAGGAGUGCACCUUGUCCUUCAGCAUCCCCAAGCAGCUGCUGGCGCUCUACAUGCAAGAGGACAUGAGCCGGGUGCAGGAUCUGAAGGAGCUGGGGGAACUUUCACCACACUGGGACAACUUACGGAAGGAGGUGAUCACGCGAUACAGCGGCAUCAUCAGCUCCUACCAGGAGACACUGGCUGAAAUGGAAAAGAUGAGCGGUCCGUCCUUCAAGCAGAGCUGCUGCAAAGCGCAGCAAUCCCUGGAGUUCCUCCCAAUCAACCUGCACACUCAGAGGAUGAGGGUGACGUGCCCCAGAAAGACAGACGCAACGUACGACAUCGUGACGGCGGGCGCCCCAGCCGCACACUACCAAGGCUUCAAGGGCGGCGGUCUGCAUCGUCUUCUCAGCAGAUACGAAGCCGAGAAGAAAAGCUUCAGUACGGCCUACCAGUGUAUCUACUACUCCCCCGAGCACACGGCCAAAGCUCAGGAGGUUCUGAGCAGCGUCAGCCUCCUGCAGCCGCUCAUCGGCACCUUAGCCGAUCAACUACUACACGCCGCUCGCGAGCAUUCCUCUCCUGGCCUGAGGGAGGCGCUCAAGAACCUCGCAGACAAGACGGAGCAAUUUGUCCACACGCUCAAGGAUGAAUUGGUCAAGUGCGCCCUGUUGGCACUGCACGCCGCCCAGCCGGCCUACGUGUCCAAAAACCAGAAGGGCGGCGAGCGAGACCCGAGUCCCGUCCGGACGGCGUCACCAUUGGCCCCUGCCGCCGACGAGGCCACGUCGUGCAACAACGUGGGCCCGAGGCGAGGCGAAGACUCCAUCCCGCACCAUAAAGAGUUCGACGAAGAGGAAUGGGACAGAGUUUGGGCCAGCGUGGCCAAGCGUCUCAACUGUGUCAUCGCCAUGGUGGACCAGUUGGCCGACCAGGACGACCGCAGCAAGCAGGAGCGCGGCGGCGGCGGUGGCGAGCAGCAACAACUCGCUGAUGUCAUCACCUCACACAACCCUGCAGGUGACUGGCGGGAGCAACUGUGCCCCCUGGUGACAAGAUUGAAGGAGUGCGUGACCCAGGUGGUGGACAAGGCCAGGAGAGCCGUCACCUUUGUGCUAUUGCAGGAGGCCGCCUGCAGCAUCCCGCAAGGAUUCCUACUGCAGCAGAGGAGAGACGUCGUCUUCAGUCAGGCUCUGGCGGUGUUGGCGUGCGGUUUCGUCAUGCGCGUCUACGCCGGAAUGCAGGACAAAGGCUUUUUGAAGCAGCUCCACCUGGUCGGCCUGGUGGCCCAGUUUGAAAGCCUGCUCAGCACCUACAGUGAAGAAAUCGGCAUGCUGGAAGAUAUGGAGGUGGGCGUGGCCGACCUCCAGAGGGUCGUGUUCAAGGUGACCCAAGCUAGAACGGACCACCUCAGUGACCUUCAGCCCGUGGUGCGAGGCAGGCGGGACCACUUCACCGUGGAGGUCCCACUGCCAGGCCCCGCCUUCCAGAACAUGCCUGAGGAAAUUAAGGAGGGCCAACCCCUGCGUGUGUUUCCGGUGCUUUUUAACGUGGGCAUCAACGAGCAGCAAACCAUCGCCGAGAGGUUUGGAGACAUUUCCCUUCAGGAGAGGAUCAACCAGAAGAACUUUGAAACGCUGGAGUGUUAUUGCAAAACGCUGAGUGAAAAGGUGCCACGUGAAUGUCUACCAUGUUUCCAAAGUCAGACCGACAUCAAGGAACUACUUGAAAGUCUGGGCCAGAAUGUAGUCGCUAAGCGGAGGAAGAAUGUGGAGAUUCUGUGGAGCGCUGCGGCGAUUUGCCGGCGUCUGAACGGCAUCAGGUUCACCAGCUGCAAAAGUGCCAAAGACCGAACGUCAAUGUCCGUCACGCUGGAGCAGUGCGCCCUGCUGCGUGACGAGCACCAGCUCAGCAAGGACUUCUUCGUCCGCGCUCUUGACUGCAUGCGGAGGCUGCCGCAUGGAGAACGUGGAGAAGAACAUCGGCUGCAGGAAGUACGCCUUCAACAUGUUGCAACUGAUGGUCUUCCCAAAGUCUUACAGGCCGCCCGAGGGCUCGUACGGAAAAGUGGAUACUUGAUGGCAUCGUCCCACGAGCAGCUUAACGUGUCAUAUCUGAAAACUGUCCAACAAAUAUUUAUUUUUUCUACGAUAGUACUGACGUACAAAUGAUGUAAUUUGUUGCAUUUAACAAAUAAAAUCUUUAAAUGUU